AAUCGCGUGCGAAGAGUCCGGCGUGUCAUUCUGUGGAAUCCGCCACCUGAAACACACUAUAUAACAGCAAACAGACACACACACACACACACACACACAAGUCUCUGCUGCAGCUCAUUCUGCGCUCGAUCAUCUCACAGCAGAGCAUCUGUUGGUGAAGAUGAUUCCUCCUGGAGACUGUCUGUACGCUGGGAGGAAGAGGAGGAAACCCGUCCAGAAACACAGAAAACCAGCGGCAGUGACGGAGAAAUCCAACCCGUCGAAGCGGCACCGCGACCGUCUGAACACUGAGCUGGACCGACUGGCCAGUCUGCUGCCCUUCUCCCCCGAGAUCAUCUCCAAACUGGACAAACUCUCCGUUCUGCGUCUGAGCGUCAGCUACCUGCGGGUCAAGAGCUUCUUCAGCGCUGCUCAGGAAAACCCUCGUGAGAAACACGCGAGCGGGAAAGAGCGCGACACGGUGGCCAGCAGCGUCCCUGAGAGCCAGCUGCUGCUUGAGUCUUUAGCAGGUUUUGCGCUGGUCAUCAGCAGUGAUGGGAUGGUCUUCUACGCCUCCUCCACCAUAGUCGACUACCUGGGCUUCCACCAGACAGAUGUGAUGCAUCAGAACGUGUUCGACUACAUUCACGUGGACGACCGGCAAGAGUUCAGACGGCAGCUGCACUGGGCCAUGAACCCUUCGGCUCAAAGCGGCUCGGGUGAAGAUUUUGUGGUCAGCAGUUUGUUUCAGUCUGAGGAGACGUGCAACGUUCCUCCAGAGUUCUCCUGCUUCCUGAACCGCUGCUUUAUCCUGCGGGUCCGCUGCUUACUGGACAGCACCUCCGGAUUCCUGACGAUGCAGUUUCAGGGAAGACUGAAGUUCCUUCACGGUCAGAGGAAGAAGACGGCGUCCGGAGCACUCCUGCCUCCUCAGCUGGCGCUGUUCUGCGUCGCUGUGCCGCUGAUCCUGCCCUCCAUCGCCGAGAUGAAGAUGAAGAGCUGCGUGAUGAAGGGCAAACACAGGAACCCCGGCGUCCUGACCUCGCUAGAUCACAAUGACAGAGACGACGCUCUCAGACGUGCCUCGCUCCUGAGCAAAGACAGCGAGUACAAGUACAAGAAUGAAGGGCCCUAUGGCCCCGACGAGCCUCUGAACUUCUGUAAGACCAGUGUUCAGAAGUUCACAAACCUGGACUGUGGCGUGUGGCCCUCGAGAAGCUCCUCGGUCCUCGGCAGGCACACGCACUACACUAAACCGUAUCGAUCGGCCCCGGGGUAUUACAGCUCCAGAGCCGAGGCCUUCGAGCCCAAGCCCUACGGGAGUGACUGCGCAGACGGCGUCAAGAGUGAGGGCUUCUGCUUCGACGGAUACGACGCUCACGCGGUGCUGGAGCCGGCCGUGAAGGUGGAGCAGGACUCGGACUCGGAGAACGGCUGCUCGUGGACGCAGAUGAAGGCGGAGGCCGGAUACGGAGAGCAGUACUCCUCCUGCCAGCGGCUGAAGGGAGCGCCGUACGCCGGACAUUAUUACGGCGCGACCCGAGCGCUCAAGUGUGUCCAGAACCGAGAUGCAGCGGCCGCCAGCGCACUGAACACACACUGCAUCGACGCCUACGCUGCUGACUACAAAGGGUACGUGCAGCACGACUAUAAAGCGGGUUACGAGUUCAAAGGUCACGGGCUGCUUCACUGCAUCAAGCAGGAACCCGUCGAUGCUCCGCUGUGGCACGACGGCACGAACUGCUCCAUGAACGGCGCACACAAGAUCAACCCCUACGUCUUCAUGCAGUAGCUUCACUCUCAUUCUGUCAUUAUUCAUUUUGAAACUGGAAAUUCAUGCGGUGCAUUUCAAACCCACAAUCAUCCUGUCGUGCGCACACACACACACACACACACACACUUCUUUUAUUUGGAUCCACAAGACAAGCAACAACACACACACACACACACACACACACACACACACAAGCACUCACACACACACACACACACACACACACACAAGCACACACACACACACACACACACACACACUUCUUUUAUUUGGAUCCACAAGACAAGCAACAACACCUGCGCACACACACACACACACACACACACACAAGCACUCACACGCACGCACGCACACACACAUGUAUAGCUCUGUAUAGCUAUCUUUGUGAAGGACAUACAUUGACACAAUGCGAUCUCCAGCUCCUAACCCUAACCUUCAGAACUAAGUGCCUCACCCAAACCCUCACCCUAACCCUACCCUUUACCCAAUUAUAACCUGACCCCUAAAACCAAGUCUUGACCCUCAAACAGGCCUUUAAAGGGGUCCCAGAAAGUGAGGACCGGCCAAAAUGUCCUCACUUUACAAGAUUGUCCUCACUCCGAUGGUCUAAAACUCAAACCGGCCCUCACAAAGAUAGCUGUACAAGUGCACACACACACACACACACACACACACACACUCACACUCUCACACACACUCUCACACACACACACACACUCACACACACAAAACACUGCAAAAUAUGUUCUUCUGCAGUAUUUCUUGUUUUCCCGUACAAAUAUCUAAGUCUUAAAUCCAGAUACAUUUAUUUAAGAAGCAAAAUAACUUCAUAUAUGAAGUCUUGUUUUGUGAAAAAGUGUUUAUGGUUGAAACAAGAACAAAUAUCUGUCAGUGGGCAAUGAAAAACGUUUUCCCUGAUUUAUUUUUUUUUGCUGAGCCGAUUAGCAGAUUUUUCCCCAAGCUAAACUCACUUAUUUAGAUACAUCUUUCAGAAAACAAGACUUAACAUCUUAAGCCAUUUUUGCUUGUAUCUUGAGUCAAGAAUGUUUAGAUUUUUGUACUGGAAAACAAGACAAAAAUACUAAGACAAUCAUUUCUUGCAGUGAAGUUUUUCUUUCUCUCGGUGUAGCAGUGCUGUUGCGUUCAGCGUUUGAGCGUCUGGUUUAGAUUUUGUUUGGUGAGCUUCCAUUAUACUUUUUUCUAUGCACUUUUUAUAUAGUGAGGCUAAUAUUUCUUUCUCAGUUUGUUCAACAAACAUGGACAAGUAAAAAUGACUAACAUAAAAAUUACAAUAAAAUAAAAAAUGAAAAUAUCUGAAAAUUAUUCCAAUUAUUUUAUUUGAAAUAGUAAAAGACAGAUUCAUCUGAAGGAUUUGCUGAGAGUCUAGUACAUCAAUACAAUCAUCGGUUUAUUUUUAGAAGUUGUUUUGUUAAAGCAUUUCAUCUGCAUGUUUAUUAAAUAUUUAGAAGUAUACAAACUGAAGGAUUUCAUCUGUUUGUGUUCAGAUAUCAGCCAGAUCAAUGACAGAAAUGUUUUUAUAUCUCAUGAAAUAGCCAAGAGGUGAAAAAACCCACCUAAAAAAAUCAAACAGUAUGUUGAGGCAGUCCAGUCAUAAAACGUAUUCAGUAAUUAAUAAUGUCAAAUAUUUAGGCUCUUAAACACGUUAAAUUCACUUCAGCAUUGAUAAGAAUGCCAAACAUUUCAUGCGUUUUAUAGAGCACGGCUCUGAUGUUCAGGGCUUGUAACUAUGACUUUAUAUAAAACUACUGUUUAAAUGUAAUAAAUAAUAACGCCACACUUGCACUACUGGGGCUAGUUAACCGAAACAAAACCUGCCGAGGCGUAAUGUCCCUGGUGUUUGAUGAGCUGUUUCUGGAAGGUUCAUUUGUAUCAAUAAUUUGUAUUUGUUUAAUGGCCUUUUGCACUUUUUCAGGAAAGACUUUAACAUGACGUUUUGCCACCGGCAUUCAAUAUGGGCAAUAAAUAUUAACAGAAGAUACAGUAAUGUUUCACACAAGCUUGUAGCUGCAAAGCAGCAACAAUCAAAUGUGGGUCUUCCUGUUAUAUUUAUAACUUUUAUAAAAAUAAAAAUCUUGUAUGACAAAAAGACCAUGUUUAUGUGGUGUUGUAGUGUUUUGCUGUGAAUAAUGUUUCCAAUUCUCCUUUUGAACGCUUUAAUUAGACUGUUGUGAGUAAUAACAGUGAA